AUGGACCACGCUUCCAGCACGGGAGGCGUCAAGCCCAUGUCCAUCGCCGGACGUCUCGAAAGCGAUAGGGAACGUUUACUUGGAAUGACUGAUGCAGAACGAGCAUUCAGAAAGCAGUGGCUCAAUGAUCAAGAACUAUCUCCAAAUGAACCAAAAGAAGUACCAGAAAUGUAUAAGGCCCUCCGUAACCCAAUCAGAAGAUUCUACCGUUUGCCCAUGGAUUAUGUUGAGACAUCUUUGGCCCCGGUUAUUGGACCCAAUAGAGCUAUGGUAUUCAGAUGGGUGACAGCUAAAGUAGGAAUUGCGGUUGCGUUAACUUAUUGGAUGUGGUACUACUAUAAAUAUAACAGCAAUACUUGGGAGAAAAAGGGUGGUUGGAGAGCUUCUAUUUCUCGCCAGGCCUGCGUUCCUGGGGAUCCUGGUUACCCUAAGCUAUCUGAUCGCUCAGUAGGUGCUGAUUAUGCUUCUAGGGGAUUUAAGGAUGUAAAGUUGAAUCUAUAG